AACAAGCUAAAUAUAUAGGCAUCACACCAGCGCGAAACCGGAUUAAUCUUCUUACAAAGUAAGUAACGUUAGCCUUCCUAUCAGUCAUGAUGCACCGAUCGUGGACAUCGGUGUCGCUAAAAGCGGUUAUCUUCCUCUAUGUACUUACAUGCGCAGAACUUAAAAUGACUGAGAUGGAGUUUGUGAUUAGCACCACAUGGGACAGCCUUCCUGUGGAUCAUGACCCUGUGAAGGUGACGUUUUCUCCCGGGGAUGGAGGGAUGAAGAUGCAGGUGUCUGCUCCCUUCUUCAACAACCCUCCUGGUCCCUCCGGGCCUCCAGGACAGCCCUUCCCUGGCCUCUGGAACUAUGAAGUGGUUGAGGCGUUCUUUCUGGACAGUACUACUGUGAACUAUCUAGAGGUGGAAGUGUGUCCACAUGGACAACACUUGGUGUUACUGCUCUCUGGAAGAGGUCACGCAUUCAUGCAACAACUGCCCCUGUCGUUCACGGCAACCAUCACAGGAAACAGGUGGGAGGGUGAGGCUCUUCUCCCCUGGUGCUACUUCCCCCCUAACGUGAACAAGAUGAACUCGUACGCCAUCCACGGGUCCGGGGCGGGGCGUACAUACGAGUCCCUCUACCCCGUCCCCCAGGCUGACCUAGUGGAGGGACAGAAGCCCAACUUGUGAGUCUGUUUAUUGCC